AUGGGAGACGAUGAAAGUGAUAAUAAUAAUAAUAAUAAUAAUAAUAAUAAUAAUAAUAAUAAUAAUAAUAAUAAUAAUAAUAAUAAUAAUAAUAAUAAUAAUAAUAAUAAUAAUAAUAAUAAUAAUAAUAAAAAUGAAAUACUAUUUUGGAAAGUUUUUAGAAAUAUAUAUAUAUUUAAAUAUAUAUUUUCAAAUUUCAAAUAUUCGGAAUAUUCGGAAUAUGAUGAAUUAGAUUCAAUUGAUAAUAUCAUUAGAGAUUAUAAAAAUGGUAUUGAAAUAAUUAAAGAUAAAGUAAAAUCAAAUAGUUCUUUAUCUUUUGGUAAUACUAAAAGUUUAAAAAUUAUUUUUGAAAAUGUUAAAGAAACUGAAGAAAAUCAAUUAUUUUUAACUCAAUUUAUAAAUAAUUAUUGUUUAAAUUCAAAUCUAGUUGGAGAUAUUUUUAAUUGUAUAAUUAAAUCAUCGAAUUUAAUGGCAUUAACAUCAUUUAUUAAUAUUUAUAAAUCAAAUACAAGAUUUAAAUAUCAAGGUGUUUUAAUGAAAAUGAAUUUAUUUAUAGAAUUUAAAUUGGGUGAAUUAAUCAAUUUCUUAAAAAAAUUUGUUAAAAAUCGUCGGUAUGAUAUUAAAUUAAAACUAAAAAAAAUUGAAGAUUAUCAAUUUUCUGAUUUAGAAUUAAAUGAAAAUUUAUUUAUGCUUUUAAAACCAUUAAUAAAUUGGGAUACCAAAAACGAAAAUAUUAGAGAAUCAAAAUAUACUAUCAAUAAAAGAAAUGUAGUUUUAAAAUAUAUCCAUAUAUUUUUAACAAUUGGAUCCACUCAAGUAAAAAAAAAGUGA